AUGGACCACCCCACGGGCCCUGACCGCCGUGGUCCCGGUUCCGGACGCGCAUUGCGUGAUUCUGUCAAGUACUGGUCGCGUUUUGUCGACAGGUGCAUCUUCAGGCGCCUUGGGACGGGCUUGUUUGAGGAAUUCGUCCCUCUUAUUCAAGAGCAGCAUCCUCUGCCGCCCUUUCUCAUCGCCCUCUUGUUCCUUCGACCGCAGCCUUACAACGUCGUGAGCCUCGAUCCACGGAUACCACCGUAUAUACAGGCUCUCAGCCAACUGGGCCAUGUCGAUGCGCCGUCAAUACUGAAAGUGCUGUACAAGUUCUCGUCGCUGCACUCCCACUCCCAGCUCAAAACCUCGACGUCGCCGCAAGAUGGACCCGAAUCCGCGAGCAACGGCAGCUACCCGGGAAAUGCUGCCCUGCACUCAAACGACAAAAGAAAAAGGCCUCGGCGCUGGAAAAGCUCGGCUUGGGUGGAGGAAUUCAUGUUUUAUCACGUCAUAAAGAUCAUAGUCGAGGGAACCGCUUUCCGAGAUCCACGCGUCCUUUUGGAAAUGGUCCAGGUCAUCUCCAAAUGGAUGGAGCUCUUCACCUCGGUGUCUCGUGUUUUUGUGGCGGAUGUCAUGGGCGACCUGCAGAGUUCUCAAGCCCGCCUUGACAUGGAGACUGCCCGAGCUGCGUUUGUUCCGCUCUUGUUGCGACUGGUCGAGGUUCCUGCGCUCGUCAAGGCCAUUAGCAGCUCGCACGCCAAAAAUAUUCGAAAAAGCCUCUCAAUCAACUUGGCUGGCUUUAUUCAGACUCUCCAGCCAGCCCCGGGGUUUGUUGAAAGGCUAGAGAUGUUCCGCACAGAAAUUUUGGCCAAACUGGACCCCAUUGAUAAGAACAAUCAGGCGGCCGCUAAUGCCGCCAUGGAUGAGCUUUUAGGGGCAAGUGUUGCUCUAGACAGUUUUGCCAUUCCCGACUUGCUCAUUUCCAACACGAGAUCAGCAGUAUAUGUGUUUCUGAAUGCAUCACUUGUAGGACGUCCUUUGAUCGACGACAACGUAUUGAUAUCAUAUCUGCAGAACCGAUGUCAGGAUGCAACACAGUCGAGCGCCAUUGAGUUGAUCGUGGGGUCGUUCGACAUCCUUGCCAAUGCGGUAUUUCGCAAUGAAGGACCCAAGGAUGCACAUUUGUUGAAAUCUUUCCUUGUCAACAAAGUACCCCUGCUGCUGUGCCACCUCUUCCUCCGGGAACCCGCCUUUGACACGAGUGCGUCCGAGUUUUGCAUCACUGAAGCCCUGAGCCAAGUCGAUACCAGCGUUUUCCCCACGGCGUCGCUCAUGUUUGACGAGUCCAGAAGCAAUAACCCAUACACAGAAAGCGUCCGUGAGGAGUUUUGUACAGCGUGUGCCCUUCACGGUUUGGUGCAAAGAGAACACGUGGAACGAAUCCUGGGCGAGACGUCCAUGUCGUACGAGCCUUCACUGGAAAAGUAUUCCAAGGAAAAGCUUGUUCAUGACUGUUUGGCGGACGCCGAAAAGGUUCAAGGCUUAAUUCGAGAACUCGAGAAAAUGGACGGCAACGUCGGUGCCGUUUGCCAAGCACUGGUCGAGGUGAUGCGUCAACUCUGUACCAAUAAGGAAACUAUGUCGCUGAAGCUUCUGUGUAGCCAAUUGGCGCAGAAGCCUCAUAUUCUGGACAUUUUGUUGCUCUUUGAGAAGCUUCCUGCCAUCAUGGACCCAUUAUGUCAGCUCCUGGAUAACUGGCGAUACGAGGAGGAUCAGGGCGAAUAUCAGCCCAUAUACGAAGAAUUUGGCUCCAUUCUCCUCCUUGUACUAGCGUUUGCGUACCGGUACAACCUGACUGCGGCUGACAUUGGCAUCACUUCACCCGACUCUUCUGUUGCCAAAAUCCUCAGCAGAGCGCACAUUGGCCGUGACAGGGACGACCUAACUGAGCAAGAAAAGGGCCAUAUGAGCGGUUGGGUUCAUGGCCUCUUUACCGAAUCAGGAGGUUUAGGUGACGAUCUAAUGUCUUCGUGCCCGCCGCAGGAUUUUUACCUGAUCGUGGCGUCUCUGUUCCAGAAUAUUGUCGUAGCCUACACCUACGGGUACCUCAGUGAUGAGACGCUGAAAGGAGGUGUGGAAUACUUGGUGGACACAUUCUUGCUGCCCUCGCUUGUGCCGGCACUGCGUUUCCUCGCAGACUAUUUGUGGGUAGAGCAGAAGGAGCAAAAGGCAAUCAUCAAAGUGUUGCAACUCAUCCUGUUACCUAGCUCCAUAUCAGGGGAGGCAAGCACCAUGCUGUCAUCCGUCAGGAAUCUGGUGGCAAAACCCCUGGAACACUCGCUGCGGACAUAUCAGCGUCAAGACCCCAAGAACCAGGACAUCGAGCCCCUCCUGAGAGCCCUGAAAGACAGCUUGCCUCUCUCGCAGCGAACCGGUGGUGCGGAGCACAAUGAACUAGAGUCUUGGACCAACGGCUCCAGCACGGGACUUGCAGGCGCCCUGAGACACACGAUACAAGGUCUCGUCCAGUGGAGCAUGCAUCCCAGUGUCAGUAGCAUGCCCACGCCCUACACACACAGACAGUUGAUUGCCGCGCAAAGAAUUCUGGGAGCAAAGCGGACGCUGCGGCUACUUCUGGAAGAAGUCCGCGCGCACUCGGAAACGGGGAGCGCCAACAUUGUCUACGACGUGGCGGCGGCCAUUGUCUGCGCGCCCAACGUCACCGACGAGCCGUCACCAAGUAGCCAACUGAUGGACGCAUCCGGCAAUGUGCCCCCCCUCGUCCAGCGACCGCUGUCGCUCCGGGAAGCCUUGCGUCUCGAAGCCGACGGCUGUCGCAGGCUACACAAGGCAGACCCCGUCUUUUCCGAGAUUGUGGUCCGCCUCUACCGCCGCGUCGAGGCACACAUGGUCAUGCCCCAGGGCCAGGCCAUGCUCGAGGCGCCGGGCAUCCAGCUGGACCUCGGCUCCGGAGCAGGAGGCCUCGGAGACGUGGAUGCCAUGGCAGCCGUGGGCGUCGGCGGGGACGGCAUGACGGUUGACGGGCUGGACAUGGGUAUUGGUGGCCCCGGAAGCGCGGGCGGAUUGGAUACGACCAGCGACGGCGACUUGUUUGGCGGCUUGGAUACUAAUGGUAUGGACAUGUUUGGUUGGGGGGACAGCAUGGAUUUGAGUGGGAAUUGA